AGCAUCUCCCGCGGCGGCUUGACCGAGGCAUCACCGGCGGAAGGGCAGGCCUUUGCUGGCUUGCUGAAAGGGAAUAAAAUGCGGCAGACAUUUCUCUUCCUUUUGCUGGUGGGAGCAAUCACCACGCUUCAGGUCAAGGAACUUCCUGUACGCCUUAUACGAAGCGGCCGGGAAGGUCAGCUAAGAGUCAGAUGCAGAGACCCAUCCACCCAGCAGACCUACCGUCAAAAGGAGAGUUGGGUCCGCCAAGCCAAAGAACGAAUGGAAUAUUGUCGGUGUGAAAACAAUGGCAUCUUCUGCCAUGUAGUGCCUGUCAGAGCCUGCAUAAGGCCACUUUGCUUCAACGGGGGCCGCUGCCAGCAAGCCUUGUACUCGCCCAACUUCUUCAUUUGCUUCUGCCCUCCAGGCUUCUCGGGGAAGUACUGUGAAAUUGAUAGCAGAGCUGUAUGUUACCAGGAUAUUGGGGACACGUACAGGGGGACGUGGAGCACAACAGAGAGCGGUGCUGAGUGUGUGAACUGGAAGAUCAGCACCUUGGCCUCUAAGCAGUUCCAUGCAGGUCGUCCAGAUGCCUUGAAGUUGGGCCUUGGUGACCACAACUAUUGCCGAAAUCCAGAUAAGGAUUCCAAACCCUGGUGCCACGUUCUAAAAAAAAAUACCUAUGUCUGGGAAUACUGUAGCAUCACAUCCUGCGCUAACAGAAAACAUUCAUGUGUUCUGGGAAGGGGCACUGAUUACCGGGGCAGCCAUCACCAAACGGCAUCUGGAGUGACUUGUCUGAGAUGGGACUCCCACAUCCUUGCCAAGAAAGUUUACAAUGCCUUCCAUCCUGACGCCCGUCAUCUAGGACUCAGCAGCCACAACUAUUGCAGGAAUCCUGACAAUGACACUCGGCCAUGGUGCCACACAUUCAAGGAUGGUGUGACAAAAUGGGAGUACUGUGACGUGCCAGCCUGCUCCACUUGUGGACUGAGGAAGCACAAAGUGGCUGAGAUCCAGAUCAAAGGGGGCGUAUAUUCAUAUAUUGAGUCCCACCCAUGGCAGGCGGGCAUUUUUGUGAAGUUCCGAGGUGCAGAUGGCUACCACUGUGGUGGGAUCCUCAUCAGUUCCUGCUGGGUCCUCUCAGCUGCUCACUGCUUUACAGAGAGGAUUGACCCCGGCCGCCUCAAAGUUGUCUUGGGCCGGACGUUCCGCGUGAUCCCAUCAGACACUGAACAGGUCUUCCAAGUGGAGAGGUACAUUGUGCAUGAGAAGUUUGACCCCAGGACUUUUGAUCACGAUAUCGCCCUGCUGAAGUUGAAAGCCUUUUCCGAAAACUGUGCCAUGGAAACGGACAGCGUCCGCUCCGUUUGUCUCCCGGAGGCUGGACUCCAGCUGCCCGACUGGACGGAAUGCGAGGUGUCCGGCUAUGGCAAGCACGAAACAUCUUCUCCUUUCUUCUCAGAACGCCUGAAGGAAGGACACGUGAGGCUCUAUCCAGACAGCCAAUGCACACCUGCACGACUUUCGAAUAGGACAGUCACCAAGAACAUGUUGUGUGCAGGAGACACCCGACAACUUGAUGACGCCUGCAAGGGCGACUCUGGAGGCCCACUGGUUUGUCUGAGCGAUGGCCGCAUGAAGCUAAUCGGGGUCAUCAGCUGGGGCGUGGGCUGCGGCAAGAAAAACACGCCAGGCGUUUACACGAGGGUGGUUCCCUACCUGAACUGGAUUCAGGAGAACACGCGUAACUGAGUUUUUUCAGCUGUGCUCCAGGACCUCCUUGCAUCAGGGAAACGCACCCUGGAGACUGGAGCAGGAAGCUGGUGUUACACGUGGGGAGGACGUACGCUUUGUGCGGCACCUUUCUCCUGUAACACUGAGUUCAAGGCCUGUUCGUCUGGUGCUUAGGAACUGGACUAAAACGAUGUUAUCAUUUUUUUCAAAAAGCAUUUCUGUGCUUACCCAAGACCAGACGCUUAUUUGUUACAACAAUGGUGACGUGUGAGAAUUGCCUGUGCCUCCAGUUAUCUUGAAAAGUCCUGCUUUGGGAGAGUCUGUGUGGAAGGGCCCUGUGCUGGUCUUGGGGUUCCUGGAAUAUGCCUGCCCUAGUUGUUGUUGCUGUUGUUUUUAAUCUGCUCCCUAUAAAUCAAGGGAAGCAAUUCAAGGUCUUUUCUACAAAACUGAAGAAAUCCUAGGGGGAAAACCAAACCAUGGAAUUAAUUGCUAGGAAGGUUUUUUUAAAAGCAGGAAUCACUAAUCACUUUGGGCACCUCUCUCUCGGUAAAGCUUCAGAAAUUAUUUUUAUACUGGGUAGAUGCUUAACAUUUUCUGUAUAAAAUCAAAACCUCAUUUCCUGAUGUGCAGAAUGACAGAGGUGUCUUCUGCUCCUCAAGAAGACAAUUGGGUAUUGCCUCUUGUAUGUUUUAAUGCAUUAAACUAUUUUAAUUUA